UGAAUAUAGGAAUAUAACGAGAGUUUCCCAAUUUGAUGAUGAAAAGCUCUUACUGUCUACGAAAACUACAAAUGAUGUGAAUUUAUUGCAUUUGGUUUAUCCAAAUGGAAGUAUAGCUCCUAUAAAUUACCAGAAUAACAUAAAUUUCAAUAAUAAUUCCGAAUGGCGUUUAGAAUUUUGUUUCCCUUUGGCAACAGACUAUAUAAUACUUUUAUAUUACGAUCGAAAAGAGUCAUUAACAGGCCUCUCAGUACAUGGGACAAUAAUAAAUUUACAAG